UUGAACUGGUAAAACAAAAUAAAUGUCAAAGUCAAACUUCAUACAACAUCAAAGCCAGCAUUUCUUUUUUCCAGCCAAACAGUCCGCACACACACACAGAAGAAGAGCUGACUUCUGAAACGGAAACAUUUAAUUUGUUUGCAGCUAGCAAUACAAAUAAAAGAAACAGUCGUCAGUUGUUGUUGUUGUUGUUGUUCUUCUUCUUCUUCUUCUCUCUUGUUAAUUAACAAAUCAAAUCAAGAAAGCCACAACCAUGUCGGAGAUGAAGAAAGCAAAUAAUCCGCAAAAAACAAAGUGGGUCCUCCCGUACAGAACACAAGAUCUUCAGAGUGUGUACAGCAUAGGAAAGAAGCUGGGGCAAGGUCAAUUUGGUACGACGUUUCUAUGCACGGAUAAAUCAAACGGGUCCCUUUGUGCGUGCAAAACAAUACCUAAAAAGAAACUGUUCUGCAAGGAGGACUACGAAGAUGUGUGGAGGGAGAUUCAGAUAAUGCACCAUUUGUCGGAGCAUCCAAAUGUGGUGAGAAUAAAGGGCACGUACGAGGAUACAUUGUUUGUGCAUAUAGUGAUGGAGGUGUGUGCUGGUGGUGAGUUGUUUGAUAGAAUUGUUGAAAAGGGUCAUUACAGUGAGAAAGAGGCGGCUAAGUUGAUGAAGACAAUUGUUGGUGUUGUCGAAUCUUGCCAUUCUCUUGGUGUCAUGCACAGGGAUCUUAAGCCUGAGAAUUUCUUGUUUCUCAGCGGACAAGAAGAUUCUGCCCUCAAGGCCACUGAUUUUGGUCUCUCUGUUUUCUACAAACCAGAUGAAACUUUUAGCGAUGUAGUGGGAAGUCCUUAUUACGUUGCACCAGAGGUUUUGUGCAAGCUUUAUGGUCCCGAGUCAGAUGUAUGGAGUGCUGGAGUUAUUUUAUACAUUUUACUCAGUGGUGUUCCUCCUUUCUGGGCUGAAACUGAGCCGGGAAUAUUCCGCCAGAUAUUGAGAGGAAAAUUGGACUUUGAGUCCGAACCGUGGCCUGCUAUUUCAGACGUUGCCAAGGAUUUGAUACGAAAAAUGCUCGAUAGAAAUCCCAAGACAAGGUUAACCGCACACCAAGUCCUGUGUCAUCCAUGGAUCAUUGAUGACACGGUGGCCCCUGAUAAACCUCUUGAUUCUGCAGUUCUAUCACGCCUCAAGCAGUUCUCUGCAAUGAACAAGCUCAAGAAGAUGGCUUUACGUGUGAUUGCAGAGAGAUUGUCUGAAGAAGAAAUAGGUGGUCUGAAGGAAUUGUUCAAAAUGAUAGAUACAGAUAACAGCGGGACCAUAACUUUCGAUGAACUUAAAGAGGGUUUAAGGCGCGUAGGGUCUGACCUCAUGGAGUCUGAAAUUAAAGAUCUCAUGGAUGCAGCAGACAUUGAUAACAGUGGGACAAUAGAUUAUGGGGAGUUUAUUGCGGCAACUGUACACUUGAAUAAGCUAGAAAGAGAGGAUAAUCUGGUAUCAGCCUUUGCUUUCUUUGAUAAAGAUGGUAGUGGAUACAUAACGAUGGAUGAACUUGUGCAAGCAUGCAAAGAAUUUGGUCUGAGUGAGCUUAAUCUUGAUGAGAUGGUCAGAGAGAUUGAUCAAAAUAAUGAUGGACAGAUAGACUAUGGAGAAUUUGCAGCAAUGAUGAGAAAAGGAAAUGGAGGCAUUGGCAUUGGGAGGAGAAGUAUGAGAAAAGCUUUCAACUGGAAGGAUAUAUGCCCUUGAACUUGCUAUUACCAAAUAAUACUUUACACAAUUACUCUCAACUCUCAACUCGAUAUGGAUUCAAUUGUUUUUUUUACUUUCUCUAUUUAACAUGUUGCCUAUUUUCAUGCUGCAAUUCAAAAUACACUCUGAAUAUGUAUUUUUUUUUUCUUGGCUCACAAUUCUUGCCAAGUGUGAAUAUAGUGUGUAUUGUUUGUGCCUA